GAGCAGCCGUGCCGAAGGGUGGGCUCUGCAUUAGCGUCUGUGUAGGAUAGCGGCGGAUGGGGGGAAGCAGCAGCAUUGCCUAAAAGGUGGGGCGCAACGCCGCCCAAUUUGUGGGCGAAGGGGAGAGGAGGGAGAAGCAGGGGUGGCGUGAGCGUCCACGCUACCUGCGCGCCGCUCAGCCAGCAGCAGCCAGCCCGGUCCUCAGCCGAGGCGCUGUCAGAGGAGCGCGGAGAGGCCGGGCAGAGCGAGGCUGGGCAGAAGCCGAUCCCCUCCAGCGCUCCUCCCCGCCUAUUGCUGCGCCCAGCUCGGCUGCCGCGGCCAUGACCGAUAACAUCCCUCUGCAGCCAGUCAGGCAGAAGAAGCGGAUGGACAACAAGCACCGCGGCGGGUGUUGUGAGUGCCUAAGAUGCUGCGGAAGAGGAGACCCAAGGCCUCGGACGGUUUGGCUUGGCCAUCCGGAAAAGAGAGGCCAGAGAUACCCACGUAAUGUGAUCAACAACCAGAAAUACAACUUCUUUACUUUUCUACCAGGGGUGCUGUUCAACCAGUUCAAGUACUUCUUCAAUCUUUACUUCUUAUUUCUGGCCUGUUCUCAAUUUGUUCCUGAAAUGAGGCUCGGUGCACUUUACACAUAUUGGGUUCCACUGGGUUUUGUGCUCACUGUUACCAUCAUCCGUGAGGCAGUGGAGGAGAUCCGAUGCUACAUGCGGGACAAGGAAGUGAAUUCCCAGAUCUACAGCAGACUCACAGCAAGAGGAACAGUGAAGGUGAAGAGCUCCAAUAUUCAAGUGGGGGACCUUAUCAUUGUGGAAAAGAACCAGCGAGUCCCUGCUGACAUGAUCUUCCUAAGGACCUCAGAAAAGAAUGGCUCCUGCUUUCUACGUACGGAUCAGCUGGAUGGUGAAACAGAUUGGAAGCUGCGCCUGCCUGUCACGUGCACGCAGAGGUUACCCACAGCUUCUGACCUUCUUCAGAUCCGGUCAUAUGUGUAUGCUGAGGAGCCAAACAUUGAUAUCCAUAACUUUGUUGGGACUUUCACUAGAGAGGAUAGCGACCCACCAGUGAAUGAGAGUCUAAGCAUCGAAAACACCCUCUGGGCCAGCACAGUGAUUGCUUCAGGAACAGUUGUGGGAGUUGUUCUGUACACAGGCCGGGAACUGCGCAGUGUUAUGAACACAUCAAAUCCACGGAGUAAGAUUGGCCUUUUUGACUUGGAAGUGAAUUGCCUCACCAAGAUUCUCUUUGGGGCUUUAGUGGUGGUUUCCCUUGUCAUGGUAGCUCUCCAACACUUUGCUGGACGCUGGUACCUCCAGAUUAUCAGAUUUCUUCUUCUUUUCUCAAACAUCAUUCCUAUUAGUUUGCGUGUGAAUCUUGAUAUGGGGAAAAUAGUCUACAGCUGGAUGAUCCGGAGAGAUUCUAAAAUUCCUGGCACCGUGGUUCGAUCUAGCACAAUCCCAGAGCAGCUAGGAAGGAUAUCCUACUUACUUACAGAUAAAACAGGGACCCUAACACAGAAUGAGAUGGUUUUCAAGCGCCUUCAUCUUGGAACAGUGGCUUAUGGACUAGACUCUAUGGAUGAAGUUCAAAGCCAUAUAUUCAGUAUAUACACUCAGUCCCAAGAGCCACCUGCUUUAAAGGGUCCCACUCUGGCUACUAAAGUUCGGAAAACUCUGAGCAGCCGGGUCCACGAAGCGGUGAAAGCAAUUGCCCUCUGCCACAAUGUGACUCCUGUCUAUGAAUCGAAUGGUGUGACAGAUCAGGCUGAAGCAGAGAGACACUAUGAAGAUUCUUGCAGGGUGUACCAAGCUUCUAGUCCUGAUGAGGUGGCCCUCGUACAGUGGACAGAGGGUAUAGGCUUGACGCUGGUUGGCAGAGAUCAGUCUUCUAUGCAGCUGAGGACACCUGGUGGCCACAUCUUAAACUACACCAUCCUCCAGAUCUUCCCAUUCACUUAUGAAAGUAAACGGAUGGGGAUAAUUGUCCGGGAUGAAUCUACAGGGGAAAUCACUUUCUACAUGAAAGGGGCUGACGUGGUGAUGGCUGGAAUUGUUCAGUACAAUGAUUGGCUGGAGGAAGAGUGUGGUAAUAUGGCAAGAGAAGGCCUGAGGGUCCUUGUGGUAGCAAAGAAGUCCCUCACUGAGGAACAAUAUCAAGACUUUGAGGCGCGCUAUGUCCAAGCAAAGCUGAGCGUCCAUGACCGUUCCCUGAAGGUAGCCACCGUGAUCGAGAGCCUGGAGAUGGAAAUGGAGCUGCUGUGUCUGACUGGAGUGGAGGAUCAGCUGCAGGCGGAUGUCAGACCUACUUUGGAAACGCUGCGAAAUGCUGGUAUUAAGGUAUGGAUGCUCACAGGGGAUAAACUGGAAACAGCCACGUGCACAGCUAAGAAUGCACAUCUGGUCACCAGGACCCAGGACAUUCAUAUAUUUAGACUGGUGACCAACCGUGGAGAAGCUCACUUGGAGUUGAAUGCCUUCCGUCGCAAGCAUGACUGUGCCCUUGUGAUUUCUGGUGAUUCAUUAGAGGUGUGCCUGAAAUACUACGAGUAUGAAUUUAUGGAAUUAGCUUGCCAGUGCCCAGCCGUGGUCUGCUGCAGAUGUGCCCCAACACAGAAGGCUCAGAUUGUACGCUUGCUCCAGGAGAGAACUGGAAAGCUGACCUGUGCAGUAGGUGAUGGUGGCAAUGAUGUCAGUAUGAUUCAGGAGGCAGACUGUGGAGUUGGGGUGGAAGGAAAGGAAGGAAAGCAAGCUUCCCUUGCAGCGGAUUUCUCCAUCACUCAGUUUAAGCAUCUCGGCCGAUUACUGAUGGUGCAUGGACGGAACAGCUACAAAAGAUCUGCCGCUCUCAGCCAGUUUGUGAUCCACAGAAGCUUGUGCAUCAGUACAAUGCAGGCUGUCUUCUCUUCAGUGUUCUACUUCGCCUCAGUUCCCCUCUACCAGGGCUUCCUCAUUAUUGGGUAUUCCACCAUCUACACCAUGUUUCCAGUCUUCUCUCUUGUACUGGACAAGGAUGUCAAGUCUGAAGUUGCCAUGCUGUACCCAGAACUCUACAAAGAUCUCCUGAAGGGAAGGCCAUUAUCAUACAAAACCUUUUUGAUAUGGGUUUUGAUAAGCAUCUACCAAGGCAGCAUCAUCAUGUAUGGCGCCCUGCUGCUAUUUGAAUCAGAGUUUGUCCACAUUGUAGCCAUUUCCUUCACGUCCUUGAUCCUCACUGAGCUGUUGAUGGUGGCUUUGACAAUCCAGACAUGGCACUGGCUGAUGAUGGUGGCAGAACUACUCAGCCUUUCCUGCUACAUUGCCUCGCUGGUCUUCUUACAUGAAUUUAUUGAUGUUUACUUCAUUGCGACCUUAUCAUUCUUGUGGAAGGUGACAGUAAUCACUCUGGUCAGCUGUCUUCCUCUUUAUGUCCUGAAGUACCUGAGGCGAAAGUUUUCUCCCCCGAGCUAUUCAAAACUCACAUCGUAGGUGGUUUUUCCAGUGGAGCAGAGACUCAUUUUUUUUGCACAGUGCUCACAGACAAAAUAAAUAUGUAUUCAUCAUAGUAACAGCUAUGUCUGGUUGCAUAAGGAUCGUGCAUUGGCUGGUGAACAUCACUGAAAGACUGAAUAACUCACAGUGAAGCAGAAACCUAGCAGUCAGUCAAGUAAGCAGGGAGAACUUAGAAGGGCGUCACGUUGAUCCAGUUUUGUCACUUUAUAUUUAUUUGAAUGGAGAUCUAAUGCAUGUAAACUAGAAAGAGAAUCUGGCUCCUGGGUGCAAUCAACUUAACCUGGAAACUAAGUAAGCUAUUUAUGCCAAGCCUUCAAAUGAAUUUCCCCCCCUUUUUCUGUUUAGUUUCCUCAUGUUAUAUUACGAUUUAUCUUUUCGGUGCAAGUAGUUGUAUGCAUUUUGUAUGUCUUGGGAAAUGCGUUCAAGGGCGACACAUCAUGCUGUUAACAGACAACAGCAUACAGGGCCAUGCUGAUCUGUUUUGAUGUGUUCUAAUGCAAACCAGAGCUGCCAAUUUCAAUAGCUAAAAAUGUCUCUUUAAUCCCCCUUUUUUUUAAAGCAGGGGGAACACCCCAUGGCGAGUCAGUCUUUCCUGCUGUAAUAUUGCCCAAUUAUUUGUAAAGGGAAACAGUGUUGUGGGUAAAGAAAAAUGCUGUUCUACUCAACAGCAGUGUUUCUUUGGGAGAUUUUGUCUAUGGUAUUUAUACUAGCUGUGCAAGAUAACCGUAUUCCCAAAGAGUGGAGCAACCCACAACAAGGCAAAAACAGGUUUCUAACUCCAUGGAUGCUGCCUAAUGUUAGUGUGUGGCCAUCUACAGGGAUAAAUAGGAAGAAGGGGUGCUUAAUCCUUCCCCUAUAAUCUCCCAACCAAUUUUUUAAAAAUGUCUUCUCCCACCCCUCCUCUGCCCUGAUGAUUCAACUCUGCAAAGAGCCGAGCCCCACGUGACUCAUAACCAGCAAAUCCAUGUCUGCAGAGGUAAUGUACAGUUCCACUCUCAUAUGCAGCUUACAUUAGGCUCAUCUAAUAUAUCUGACCCACAUUCCAAUUUGCUCUCCACCUUUCAUUUAACUGCUUUGAGGCUGCUGGUCCACAGAAAGUGUGCAUAAUAGCCUAGACGAGAAGUGUCCUGCACACCCGAAGGGCAAUCUAUACAGGGCAGGUGUCAGCCCCAAAUGCCAGACUGGGGAGAAUGGGUCUGAGCGGACUGGCAAUAUGAAUAACUCUGCCACAACUGCAAAUUAUUUUAAUCUUCAUUGACGUUUUGGAAAGAAACUUCCUGCCAGUUUUGAAAUUAUCUAAAAUAUUGCUCUGCAGAAAAAUGUAUAAUGAAUCAUGAAAGGCUUGAAAAAGAAGGUUCGUGGGAUUCCUGCUAUAAACAGUGAAGAAAAUGUUUCCUACACGUCCAUAGAGAUCCUUGGACUGCACCACUUCAGAUUGCACUGAAGGAGAAUUGCAUGUUUGGAUGUCCCAUGUUGGGGAGCAGGGGGGAACUUCCUGCACAUAGAAAAGCAAGACAUUAGGAUGGGGGCAACAUGAGAAUCCUCUUUUCUUUCAUUGUGGAGCAGGGUGCUGUCAAAUGUGUACCUGCAAUGUUACAGUCCAGAAAGGACUUUAUUGUGUAAUCCUUCUGAAGUAGAUUCUUAAUCUGAAGAAGGAGAUGUCAAUAAAAACAGGCACUCAUCUGUUUCCCAAUUAUACCAGGGUAUAAUUGGUAUAAUAUGACCCUAUACAUAAAGCUGUGUAUAGGGUCAUACUAGAUUGACAUUGCUCUCAGCAGAAAAAGUAGGCGUUGAAUACAAGAGACUGACCAAUUAACUGGCUCACCUUCAAAAAUAAAGGGAUCUCUUCUCCCUCUCCCCCCAACCCAGCAGCCAUUGCAUUUGGUGAGUUUGUGUUAAAAGUGUUGAUCUGCUAUUAACAAAGUGUUCUUUGGCAGGUAAAUGUGUCUGCUAUGUCAAGACAAUGUUUUAAAGUGAAUCACUGGGGCACAAAUAUACAGGAGUGGGAAAUUCCUGGUGCAUUGACUUGAUCUAAGAGGAGUUCAGCAGUUACAGACAACGUUGCCACUCCAUUUUAUACAGUUGAAAGGAUCCAUGAAUAGUUGGCCAUUUAAGCUGAAAGGAAGGCUUGCUGGCCUAUUAUGCGAACUUAAAAAGCCUAAUUGCCAGCAGCAACUUGGUAUCAGCAGGAGUCCCUUUUCCAAAGAAGUUCAAAGAUAUAACUGCUACUUGCAAAGACCCACUGGUUUCAAAGCAUUAAAUGCUACCACUUGCAAAGUAUUUGCCAUGGUAAAAUGAUUUACUGGGCCAUUAAAAAAGUAGCAAAUCUUCAUCACGGUGUCUCUUCUUCCAUUUCCCAUCACUACCCCAGUGCACUAUGACAGAAGAAGACUUUUUAUUCUUCCAACUUAAUAGACUGCACAAGGGUGUUCAGAGUGGCUGAUAAAAAUAGAUUUAAAAUAGCAUCUGUUUCUCUACAGUUGUAUACAAUAGAUGCACCUCUACUCUGUAGGUGCCACUCUACAGACUAAAAUGUCAUUUCUACAUUUGAGUCAUAGUUUCAUGGUUCAAGAUCCUAUGAAUGUUGCAAAAGCAGAGGAGCAAAACAUGCUUUGAUCUGAAAUGUUGGGCGUGUUUCAGAGGCCAAAUCUAAUUAUUUGACAUUGCUGUUGGGUAUUUCAACACACGUUAAAACAUUCAAGGAUCAAGCUAGACAUUACUUCAACCACAUCUCUUGUGCUUGCUUUUUUGUGUAGGUAAAUAGCACAUGUCGGGGGGUGGGGGAUCUGGAACAGGAUGGUGAUGAGGGAUAGGGUUAAAUCUCCUCUACACAUAGCCCCACCAUGGUCCCAAUCCAGUUUGGGCCCCUUACAUUAUCUAUUUACACGCAUGUGCACACACACACCCCAGAGCCAAUGAUGUGACGUAAAGUCAUGCCUAGCUUGGCCAUUGGACAUGCAUUUCAGUGGGAUCUAAGCACGCUUAACUUAGGAUUGUAACCAUUGUUUUGUUUGUGGCUCAGUCUUUUGAAGGACUCCAUAAAUAGAGACUGACCCACAGCCAGCUAGCAAACCUCUUCUGAACUAGCAGAUCUUCUGUUAACUUUUUUUAAUGGGUUGCCUGUGUUUUGUCUUGCCAGAAUUGUAAUGCCACAUUGAGAGUAUGUAUAUAAGGAAGGGGAACUAAUUUUGACAUUUCUCCUGUGCAAGACCUAUUUCAAUUAAUGGGAGUUGUGCAGGAGGGCGGUAGUAUCAAUGUCCGAUGUUGCUGUUUUUUGGAAUCAAUACUGUUUACACUGAAUAAUGAUCACCAUGCCAUUAGUGACCGUAUUAGCAAAGCCAAUGUGAGGAAAUUAAUUAUAAUUAGGUUCAGUAAUAUUUAUUGGACUAAUGACUUGACUAAGGAGCUCAUAUUUCGUGGCAGUAACAAUAACUGUUAAUACUUUGUGUAAGAUGUAUUAUGGAGCCUUGAUGACCUGCCGUUCUUUUGUAGCAAACAUCUUGCACAAGGUUGCAAUCUGUGAAGAGGUGUUUUUUGGUUUUUUUUUUGCUGAGAGUAAGCCGUGUGUUUUGUGGAUGUUUUGUGUUCUUUAAUCAUUCAAAACAGCCAGUUGUACAACAAGCAAUGGCACCAGUUGAAUUCCCCUGUUGUUAUGACAUGUUAGGGUGUCUGUAAAAUUUAUUUUGAUUUGGGAGGAAAAUUAGUCAUACAAAUAGAUUCUACUGAAAAUGGUUUCUGCAGGCACAAAAUGUUGUUUUUGUUUCUCCCGCCACCCAAUUAUGUGUCUCAUUAAGCAGAGGAAUGAAAUACCCUUUCCUUAACUAUUUUAAUUUUGUGAAGCUUGGCAAUUGUGCAUCCUGGGAUGAAAUCUACUAGAGAUGCAUGUGCAACCACAACAAGAUGAAUGGAAGCUGCACCAAGGGCACUGCUCUGAAAUUAAUUGCUCCUUCAUUUCAAUUGGGGUCAUACUGGCAAACAUCCCUAUGGAUUGUGCUUCCUAUGUUGCGAUUUUUAAAAAAAAAAUCUGGCAGCUUUUCUUGAAAUGGAAAAUAUGGUGAAAUACUUGUGGUUCAUCUACUGCUUUGUGGAGAUUGCUGAUAAAUACUAUUUGCCUUUGCAGUUGGCUACUCAAAACACUUUAUUUUUGCACUGAUUACCCUUUCCUCAUGUUCAUUAAAUAGACAUAGGAUCUUACAUUUCUGAUACCUAAUGAGUUAUUCUCUGUCCCCUCCCACUUCUGAAGCAUAUGUUUGCACACAUUCAAGCAGCCUUUUCAAGUGACAAAAUAAUCCACACUGUUCUGUUAUACUCGUGCCAGAAAGGAUCCAGCAGCAAUAGCUUGCCCCCAUGUAAUGGAAGAUCCCGCAGGGGGACAGACAGGUUGCUCUGAUGCCUUCCUGCUGAUUGGUACCUCAUACUGCACUCUAGUGUAUGAGAGAGAGCACAUACCCAGCCUGAGGAGAACUUUUCUUUAAACAAAACAAAACCCUAGCCACAUGAACACUCCCAUAUUUGAGUGUACAGCAUCUGGCCUGAAGGUAAACAUUUAAAAUCUAAACAUUUUAAAAAAAUGAAAAGUCCCAAAAUUGUCACAGACCUUGUGUGGAGCCAAUAGGUACCUGUGACACUUGACCAAUUGCAUUGUAAACAAACAACACAAUCACAUUAGACAUGAUAAUGGGGUGGCAGGGGGGAGAGGAAUUUAACUUUAUCAACAGCAAGAUGUUGUGGCUUGAACGGGAACUAAAAUUCCCAUAACCUUUUGGAAAGAUAUCUGGGUUUUGUAUGUAGCAACUGCUGAGUUAUUGCACCAAGGGCAAACAAUCAUCUCGGAAACCCCUCGAUUGACUGUGCCAGACUUCAUGGAUUUGCUCAGGGUUUCUUAACCUUGGGCCCCCAGAUGUUAUUGGACUACAACUCCUUUGUGGCUGAGGAUGAUGGGAGCUGUAGUCCAAAAACAUCUGGGGGCCCAAGGUUAAGAAACCCUAGAUUAGCUAAUUGCCUUUUGUUUAUGCUGGGGCAACAUGCAUCUCAAUUCUGGUACAGAGAAUAAUCCCCACUCCCAGACUGGAAGAUCAUUGUAUGACAGUAAAGGCAGCAAUGCCUAUCUGAGACCUUCUGCCCAACAUAUGUUGAAGACUACAGAGAUCUCUUCUGACACUAAUAUCAGAUAUAAAAUCCUCUAAAAUAAGGCUUUUUGUAUGCCAAAAAGACUUUCCGUUCUGGUCUUUAUGUCCUGAUUCUCCAAAUAUAGCCUUUAGGGCCUCCAGGCCUCUACCUCUUUGCCCUCCCAUUCCUUUCACCAUGACCCAACUGCUCCUUUGAACGCCAAUUUACUCCACCAUGUUUCCUAAGAUACAGUGCUUCAAUGCACGAACAAUACCAUUAGGAAAUAACAGACCCAAGUCUUGGGUGCUGGUAGCUCCAGGAACACUGGAUCUACUAGAAACAAGGAUAGACCAACAAGGGCAGGCUAGUGGGUAAAGUUGGCCUACUGGCAGUAUAGUUAUCACAGUCUUAGCAUUCGUUCUAACCAUCAGGAAAUAGCAUAUAGUAAUCUCCUUAGGACUCUGUCUCUUCAAGAUGCAGGGGAUAGGCGACCACAUAUUUUUUUCUCCAAGGGAAAAAGUCUCCUUGCACAGAAAGCUAAGAUGUCAAGCAGAAGGGUUGGAACCUAGUGUCUCUGAGGUGCUAGCUUUCCAUGUGUGGGCUGCAAUCCCUUGUCCUGCGCAUUCACAAGGUCUGUACCAUGUGAUUGUUCCUCCCCCCCCCAAUAUUUGAAUUGACUCUCAAUUGUUCCAAAGCUUUUGUCAAUGAUGAUCAAGUCAGUUACUGUCACCAAAUAAAGUCUGUAUUUCUAUGCCCUUGGAUUUUUACUUGCGUAGGGAAAAUGGAUCCUCUUGUCAAAUAAUUUGUGAUGCUGAUGUUUUGUACAUGUCCUCUUGUUAAUUGAGAUGUCCAUAUUCUUGAUGCAAGAGAAAUAGAAAUGCAAAUUAUUAAUUGUCCUGUGCAAUUCUGUGUUGUUGAUGUGUGAGAACUUUAAAAAAAGGGAAUGAUGAUAUAUAAGCAGGUUAAAAAAUAAAUUUUAUGCAACUUCA